AUGAAGAUUGUGAGGGAGCGCUCAAGGAUUGUAAAGCCAAUUUAUGAAGGUGAUCAUCCUCCAACCUUUGGCCACAUUCCUCUAACCGUAUUUGACAGGGCCUCAUGCGACACUCAUAUGGCCAUCAUCUACGGCUAUAGGCCACCCACGCCGCCUAAUGCGGCGAUCGAGCAAGGCCUUCGUAAGGUUUUAUCGGAGUAUAGGGAGUGGGCGGGCAGGUUGGGCACCGAUGAGAAGGGUAACCUCAUCAUUCUACUCAACGACGAAGGCAUCAAGUUUGUUGAAGCCUCAAUUGAUUGCACCCUUGAUCAGGUCAUGCCCUUCAAGCCAUCACCCAUGUUACUAAACCUUCACCCUAGCCUUAAGGGUAUGGAAGAGCUUCUACAAGUCCAACUCACUCGCUUUACUUGUGGUUCCUUAGUGAUUGGAUUCACAGCACACCAUCUAGUCGCAGAUGGUCACUCAACAAGCAACUUCUUGGUUGCAUGGAGCCAAGUAUGUCGAGGCAUUGAUGUGAACCCACGUCCCUCGCACGAUCGCUCCAUUUUCAUCCCUCGAGAGCCGCCAAUCUUCGAAUUCAAACAUGGAGGAGUGGAGUUUAGAAGCAAGAAUAAGCUCAGCAAAGUAUUUCCUCUCUUUGAACCAUUUCAAGUACUAGAUGAAGAAAUAGUGGUGCACAAGGUUCAUUUCACAUUGGAAUUCCUAGCCAACCUCAAGGCUAAGGCUUCUAUGGGCCAUGGCACUAACAAGCUCUUUAGCACAUUUGAGAGCUUGAUGGCCCACCUUUGGAGAACUGUCACAAGGGCUCGUGGGCUUAAUGGAUUUGAGAUGACCCAAGUUAGGAUCUCAGUGAAUGGGCGACCAAGGCUGGGCCCAUGUGUGCCCAAUGAGUAUUUUGGAAAUUUAGUGCUAUGGGCCUUCCCUAGUGCCAAGGUAGAGGACCUCUUGCAUGAACCACUGCCCUUUGCAACCAAACUCAUACAUGAUGCCAUAGCCAAGGUGAAUGAUAACUACUUCAAAUCAUUCAUUGAUUUUGCAAGCUACAAGGUGGAUGAAGAAGGGCUCAUGCCCACCGCCGAUAUAAACAUAUCGGCAUUGUGUCCGAAUUUGGAGGUUGAUAGCUGGUUGCGGUUUCCGUUCUACGACCUCGACUUGGGUGGGGGAAGUCCUUUCAUUUUCAUGCCAUCUUAUUUCCCAACAGAAGGGAUGAUGUUUUUAAUUCCUUCCUUUAAAAGGGAUGGAAGCAUUGAUGUGUUUAUACCCUUGUUUCAACAAAGCUUAGUUGUCUUCAAACAGAUCUGUUACAGUCUAGACUAG